AUGAUUACGGCCGCAGGUGCCGGUGCUUCCUUCGUCGCCGUUCCUUCAAAGAGACUGAAGCCAAAAACUCCCAGAUCGCCUCGAAACACCACAGUGAGUUCUGCCCCAGGUUCUCGAUCCAAUAGCCAGCAAUCUCGAAUACGAUCUCCAUCGUCCCCUCCACAUCCACAAGAAGCAGCAGCCCCUAGCACCCUCGGCACAACUCCCAGUUUCCAGUCUUUCCUGUUCUCCAGAAGCUCUCAGUCGCCCUCUUCCGAGCCUGCCGUACCAGUCCCCCACCAUCAUCUACCUAUCUACGAAGAAUCCGACAAUUCAAAGAGCUUCUUGGAAGAGGAUUUCUUUGGACUGCACCCGCUUGCGCAAACAAUCGAGGAUCAGGAUCACGAACCCCCCUCACCAAAAUCAUUUUAUAGCGCGGACACUACUAGCACAACAAGCACAACAAGCACCACCAAAGCCGGAGGUCGAUCUUCCGAAGAUUCCACAGUGUUUAUCACACAACUUCAGCAUCCACCUCCCCGCAAGACUGCCCGAAAACUACAGCGGCCGAGACCGAGCAGUCCCCCGUCAGCUUCCUCACAGACCAGUCUCUCAUUUAUAUCUCCCGGUACCUCUCCGACCGGGUUAGGAAUCGGCCCCUUCGCAAAUUACACAGGCAGUCAUCUAUCUGGCCAUUCCAUAACUGGCUCACAAUCGCAAUAUGGUGAGCAUUAUACAGGUCUAAAAGAUUUUGAAAAUAUGUCUUCAAACAAUUCCACACGCGACAUCUGUAUCGCCGUUGUAGGGGCACGGGGCGUAGGAAAAAGUACCUUCAUUCAAAAAGCCUAUGACCUGAAAUCUCCAUCUACCAAGGAUAUGGUAUCUUGCAAGUUUAUGACCGUUGAGCGGUCGCAGUGUAAUGUCAUACUGGUCGAGCUAGAUUGGGCGAAACUCGAUUUCGGGUCUCAGCCGUUGGUUUGGCCGCGGAUGGCGGCAGAUGGCCAGAGACUACCAUUCGUUGACGGCGUACUUAUUUUAUACGACGUGACCAACCAGGAGAGUAUUUCAAAACUGUCCGAAUCUCUCGAUGCACUCGCAAGGGCUCUUCUCCCGGCCCUGGUGGUCUCGUGCAAAUGCGACGCACCGCAGCGCCAGCUUAACCCCAGCAAUAUCGAGAAUUUGGGAGCAGUUGGCGGAUAUGAAACAAUGCAAACUUCGAUUGCUUCGCCUGAUUCCCAAAAGAAAUGUUUGAAUGUAAUCUUGAACAUGAUCGUCAGGAAAAAUGAGAAGAGUGCGCGACAUUUGAAUGGUCGGCGACGUGCGAAUUCGUCUGCGACGAACAAUAGUCGAACGACAUCUCCGAGACCAUCAACCGGUCGGAGCGGACAUAGUCGCGCAAGCUCCGAAUUCUCGACAACAUACCUAAAGGACGGCUCAGAGAGCUCAUCCCAUGGACAUUCAAGAUUGACGAGGUCGCCAAUCAACCCUGCGCUGGGAACGCUAGCACUCAACAGUUCAACCUCUUUAUCUAGCGGGCAGCUUUUUGAUACAAGACCUCAGAGGGUUUCCGGUGGGGCGACGCCACAAAUAACACUUUCUUCAACUGGAACUGGAGCGCCAUAUCUGGAGGUUGUAUCGGAUAGCCCGUUCAGCAUUACACAACAGAAUCUUGGAACGGCAAGUCUGCGUUCUAACUCUAUGUCUUACCAAGAUUUAGAUCGGGCUCGAGGUUCAUCAUUCCUAGAUAUGGACGACGAAGAUACGAUUAAGGAUCCGGAUGAUAUACCGCUACUGGAUCGUGAAAGUGGGGUGGAUGAGUUUGAUGAUGGGGACAAACCGGCACAGAGCAGGGGUUACACGUGGGACGAGCUGGUUGAUAGGCUACUCCGGCAAACAAUGUCUCGGGGCGAUCAGGACUUCGCAAAGAUCUUUUUGUGCUUUUUUCGAAAAUUCGCACCUCCGCGAGACCUUCUCAAUUCGAUAUUGGACCGAUUUGAUCAGGCCAAUUCCGAUCCGAUAGCGUUGCAUCGGAUUUCGGCUCAGCUGCGGUACUGUACCAUUUUAUGUCAAUGGGUCACGUCACACCCGGGAGAUUUUGCACACCCAAAAACACGGCAGAGGUUGAUAAGUUUCUUGAAUGUGAUUAUGGCGAACAGGAGCUUGGCGUUGUUGGCAACUGAGAUGAGGAAGACUCUAGCGCAAGGACAUGAAGAUGAUGACAGUAUAUGGGCAAUUUCAGACUCUGACACCGAGAGGCGAGAUAGUCUGAGGAGUUUCUUGACAACCCAUUCAGUAUCACAAGAUAGUGUAACAACCACAGACGGGUAUAGUGGUAUCCGCGCUGCCUCAGAUGGAGCGCUCAAUGUCCCUACAGAAACAGACUUCAACAGAAGAAGAGCAUCUGAAGUUCCCACAAUGUCGACAGUCAACACCGCCUCGUCACAAUCGUUGCUGCGGGGAGAGGGGUUUAUCUCAUCGAUGACACCUUGGAACUCACAAUAUGACUUAUUCAUGGGAAUACCGGACGAAGAUAUCGCAUAUGAAUUGACAAGGAUGGACUGGCAGGAGUUCUCAAAAAUCAAGCCAAGAGAUCUAUUGAUCAGCCACUUCAACCACGUUGCGUACUGGGUGGCUAGUGUAAUACUCGAAAAGCCAAAACCGAAACACAGGGCAAAAGCUCUAGAGAAAUUCAUGUCCGUCGCUUGGUCACUCAGGCACAUGAAUAACUACAAUGCCCUUGGGGCUGUUAUAGCUGGCAUAAAUGGCACUGCGGUUCAUCGGCUAAGUAUCACGAGGGAUCUCGUGAACCAGCAGGCGGGUAGGAAUUUCAUGAGGCUGGAGCUAUUAAUGGGGACGCACAUGAGCCAUGCUAAAUAUCGACUGGCAUGGGAAAACACUUCGACACAACGGGUUCCAUUCCUUCCACUUCAUAGAAGAGACUUGGUAUCUGCAGAGGAGGGAAAUAGAACAUUUCUCCAGGAUGGGGAAAAGAUCAACUGGAAUAAGUUCCAGGUCAUGGGGGAUGUCUUGAUGAUCAUUGAUAAGAGCCAAGCAACCCCUUAUCAUGACUUAGUCAGGAACCAGUUGGUGGAGAAACUGAUUAGGGAUGCUGUGUCGAGUAUGAACGAUGAUGGGCUUUAUGAAAGGAGUCUUCAGCUCGAGAAUAAAGGAGCCAAGGAGAAGAUUAGGGGAAGAUUUUGGCCUGAGCGAAGUUUUUGUUGUUUUCGACCUGCUUUCCGGGUUUAUGGCGUUUUUGACUGA